AUGGUUACUGAUUUUUUCUACCCACAGCCAGGUGGCGUAGAGUUUCAUGUAUAUCAUUUAUCUCAAAAGCUAAUAGACUUGGGACAUUCAGUAAUCAUCAUAACUCACAAUUAUAGUGGUAGAAACGGAAUACGAUAUCUAACCAAUGGGUUGAAGGUGUACUAUGUACCUUUCUGGGUGCUUUACAGAUCUUCAGCCUUUCCCACGGUUUUCUCAGCAUUCCCAAUACUACGCAACAUAUUCAUUCGAGAAAAUAUUGAUAUUAUACACGGACACGGGUCUUUAAGUACAUUCGGACAUGAAGCUAUAUUUCACGGCAGAACAAUGGGGUUGAAAACGGUCUUUACUGAUCACUCUCUUUUUGGGUUUGCCGAUUUUGGCUCCAUAUGGGGUAAUAAGGUAUUGAAAUUUGCUAUCAGUGAUGUGGGACAUGUUAUAUGUGUCAGUCACACAUGUAAAGAGAACACAGUCUUGAGGGCAAGCAUUGAGCCAUGGAAAGUGUCAGUGAUACCCAAUGCAGUCAUUUCGAAGGAUUUUCAACCAAACAAACGGCUUGAAAAGAAGGAAAAUGAUCGUGAGAUUACAAUCGUUGUAAUUACCAGGCUUUUCCCUAAUAAGGGAGCCGAUUUGUUAACGGCUAUUAUACCUCGGAUAUGCCUUGCCAAUCCAAAAAUAAAAUUUGUCAUUGCUGGCGAUGGUCCAAAAUUCUUGGAUUUGGAGCAAAUGAGAGAGAAGUACUUCCUACAAGAGAGAGUUCAACUUGUUGGGGCAGUCAAACACGAAGAAGUAAGAAAUGUCAUGACCCAAGGUGAGAUAUAUUUACAUCCUUCAUUGACGGAAGCGUUUGGAACUGUUAUUGUUGAGGCUGCAUCGUGUGGACUUUAUGUUGUGACAACAAGGGUUGGCGGUAUACCUGAGGUGUUGCCAUCUAAUAUGACUAGCUUUGCUGAACCUGAGGAGGAUUCAUUAGUUGAAACCACCCUAGAUGCAGUAUACAAAAUACAAUCAGGCGAAAUCAAUACAUCAAAUUUCCACGAAAGGGUGGCUACAAUGUAUAGUUGGAGUAACAUAGCUCAACGCACAGAAGAAGUUUACGACAGUUUGGAUUUGGAUGAAUUAAAUGAAUCAAUAAUCAAUCGAUUGCUGAAGUUUUACUGCUGUGGUAUAAUUGCCGGAAAGUUGUUUGUGUUAAUGGUGAUUGUUGAUAUUUUUAUAUAUACUGUCCUUGAACGGUUAUACCCUAGAGAACAUAUUGACCUAGCAACAAAGUGGCCCAAGCGACGAAAACACUAG